AUGUCCGAAGAUCUACUUGACGAGAUAGAAGCUAUUCAGUCAAUUUAUGGCAACGAUGUAUUACGAGAAGCAGAUGGUGCUUUUGUCUACAUCCUAUCGAUUCCCCAUGUCGAGGCCUCAUUGCGCGUGCUCUUCCCGUCAGACUAUCCUGAGUCAAUACCACAACUGCUAGGCAUAGAAAGAACCGGGGCGCAGGCGAGAAAGGGUUACGGGAGCCAUGUACUAGAUACUGCACGAGCAACGUUACUCUCGGUAUUCAUUUCAGGCUCAGUCUGCCUCUUCGAUCUACUGCAGGAGCUUGAUACCGUGUUGGCCGAGGAUUCCAAUGGUCAGCAGUCUUCCCUGGCCGAUCCUGAGGAUGAUGCCAGUCUUGUGCUCAAAGCCGCCCCGCCUGUCACUUGUGGUCUUGGGGAGGAGCCUCGCUGGAUUCUCUCCUCAGCCGUCACCGAGAAGAAGUCGACCUUCGUAGCUAGGGCUUGCUCCGUCACAUCGCCAGCCCAAGCGCAGGCAUUUCUAGCUCACCUCCUCGUGAAUGACAAACGAACUGCCAAAGCCAGUCACAACCCAACAGCCUACCGUAUCCGUGCUCUCUCCACUGCCAAAUCAGCAAGUGAGAUCUUGUACGAGGAUUGUGAUGACGAUGGAGAACGUGCAGCUGGAGGAAGGCUACUACAAUUGUUGAAGAUCAUGGAUGUAUGGGACGUGCUAGUCGUCGUCAGUAGAUGGUACGGCGGGGUCAAGCUAGGGCCUGAUCGCUUCAGCAUCAUCAACAAUGUGGCAAGGGAAGCUGUUGUCGAGGGAGGCUGGACGAAGAGCAGGAUAAGGAACGAUUAG